AUGGCCUCCGAAACACGAGUCCCCGUCCUCAUCGUAGGCGGCGGCAUCGUGGGCCUCUCGGCCUCCCUCUGCCUCUCCCAGCAAGGCAUAAAAUCUCUCCUGGUGGAACGCCAUAGCGGCGGCUUUAUCCAUCCCCGGGCCCGGGGUGUCAAUGCGCGAACGAUGGAGGUCUUCCGCCGGCUUGGCAUCGAGGACCGCGUCCGCGAAGCCGGCGCCUCCCUAUUCAAGACUUACGGCAUAUACUCCGGGCACUCGCUAAGCGAGGUCAUCGAGGCGCACCCGUGCAAGGAACGCAGUGGGGGGCUGCCCACCGUCAAGCUGCUUGCGUCGCUGAGUCCCACAAGUGGCGCGUUCGUCACGCAGGACAUGCUGGAGCCGGUCCUCGUGAACAUCGCGAAGGAGCGUGGGAAUGAGAUCUGGUUCCGCACAGAGUGCGUGGAUACUGAGCAGGAUGGCGACGGCGUCACGGCUACGCUGAGAGAUCGCGAGACCGGCACCCUUUCAACGGUACGCGCAGACUACCUCAUCGCGGCCGACGGCGCGGGGAGCCCGAUCCGCACGCGUCUCGACAUCCCCACCGCCGGCCGCGGCUCGCUGGGCCACCUGAUCAACAUCCUCUUCCGUGCGGACCUGCGCCCGCUGGUCCAGGGGCGCGAAUUUUCCAUAUGCGCCAUCGAGCGGCCCGAGGUUAGCGGCGCCUUCGCAUCUAUAAACAAUAGCGACCGCUGGGUCUUUCAACUGCUGUACGACCCGUCCAAGGGCGAGACCCCGUCCGACUUCCCGCCCGAGAGGUGCACGGAGCUCCUGCGGCUCGCGCUCGGCCUGCCGGACGUGGAGAUCGCCAUCGAGAGCACGCUGCCCUGGGAGCCGACGGUGCGCGUGGCCCAGCGCCUGCAGCACGGCCGCGUCUUCCUGGCCGGCGACGCCGCGCACCAGAUGCCGCCCUGGGGCGGCCAGGGCGCCAACUCGGGCGUCGCCGACGCGCACAACCUUGCGUGGAAGCUGGCCCUGGUGCUGCGGGGCCAGGCCGACAGGGCGCUGCUCGAGACGUACAGCGUCGAGCGGCAGCCUGUGGGCCAAGUGGCCGCCGAGGCGUCCGGAGACAUGUCGGAUGCGCGGGGGCUCAUAUCGAUGAAGCGGACUCCGGCGUUUGUUUUGCGAGUUGCCCGCAUCGCGCGGCUAUCGUCCGGCCACAGCUACUCUUACCAGAGCAGAGCCGUUGCUGCUGAAGAUACCUCGCCGCUGGGCGGCCUGACGUGGCGGCCGUGGACCCUGCCGAGCUUGCUGCAUUGCAUCGACGGGAGGCCAGGGAGGCGGGCGCCGCACCUGUGGGUCGAGCAUCAGGGGAACCGCGUCUCGACCCUCGAUCUGUUCGGCAAGAACUUCGUGCUACUGGCGGGGGCGGAGGGCGCGGCGUGGAUAGAGGGUGCGAAGAAGGCGUCCGAGGCACUGGGCGUCACGGUUGAUGCGUAUCGCGUGGGACCCAAGGGCGACCUUGUGGUUCCGGAAGGCCAGCUCGAAGCUGCUGCGGGCAUCACGGCCCGGGGCGCUAUAGUCGUUCGGCCGGAUGAUUUCGUGGCGUGGAGGCAGAGGAGAGAGUCGAGUGAUCCUCACGCCGAGCUCGCCCGGUUGUUGAGACAGGUGUUGUGUUUAUGA